AUGUAUGACUGCACGUGGGACGCGGUCGCAUAUGCACCUGCAAUUAGCUUACUAAUUGGUGUCGGAAAACGCGAAUGCUUCAUUUGUGAAAAGGCGGACGGAUUUGAAGAUAGGGAAUUUGUUCGUUGCCCUUCAACUAGCGUUGAAAAUAAUUGUAAUGAUGAGCAUGCAGCCACUGUUGACGAGGAUGCUUCUGCUUUCGGCCAUAAUAAAAUUAGGAAAUGCAGUUUUCCGUCAUGCACUUUGCGAUUCCACGAAAAUUGCCUUUUGAUUUUUACAGAAGGUGACUUCCUGCCAAGAAUGCACAUAUUGGACAGACAUGGUGAUCUUUGUAUUAAUUUAAAAGAUAGCAAAAAGUGGAUAUGUCCUCAACAUGAAUGCAAUUUUUGUAAUCAGGAGCUUUUACGAACACGGGCUUUUCAAGGUAAAUUUAUACGAUGCGUAAAAUGUGUGUUCGCUUGGCACCGUUCAUGCGUCAUCGUUGGUUCGCUGCAUAUGGAUCGAAAACGUGAUCGCUAUAUUCUUUGUCCAAGGCACUGCACUGUGAAACGUGCUUCAAAGCGAAAUAUCGCAUACUGCAUCAAAUGUGAAAAUUCCUUUGAAGAUGAAUCUCACAAAGUGGCAUGUAACUCCUGCAUACGUUCUUUUUGCCGAAGCUGUGUUGCUGAGAAAAAUAAAAUCAAAGAUACGGAAAUUGGAGAUAAUGCAUUUAUAUGCGAUUUUUGCCGAUGUUUCGAUUUCCCAAGAAUUGGUGACUACGUUCUGGCGACUUACAAAUCCAACUUUUGGCCUGCAAAGUCUCUCCAUGCUGAUUUAUUGCCAUUAUCAUUGUAUUCUAUGAAUAAUUUGGUUGAAAAACUUCGCAAGCCGGGCUAUGUGCUUGUUCAGUGGAUUGAAGGAUUAGGUGUUCCAAAUUAUGAUGUCGUGACAUGUAGAGACUUGGUUCCACUUCCAAAAACAUUGAAUUGUUCGUUUUGGAAGCGUAUGAAGACACAUGCAAAGAUUUACAAAGCUGUUGAAGCUAUAUACGCUAAUUCGAAAGCAGCAUUUGGUAUCAAGCGUCCCCUUCCACAAGAAGUUGAGGCAGAAAUAAUACCAAAAUAUACGAGAAUUAAGGUAAAUAUAAACAUGCGGCUAGCGAGAGCGCCAUCGGAUACAACUGAACUGGGUCACUGUAAUUGCGAACCUAUCAAUGGAAUGCGCUGUACCAUUGCUCAUAAUUGCUUGAAUCGGAUUUUGAUGACGGAAUGUCCUGAGGACUGCGAUUUAACUUACUUCGGAAGGCGGAACGCACUUGUAGGCGGUACAAAGCGACAGAUUUUAAAAAGAACUACAAAAUUGAUUGUUAGUGAAAAUUCCCUUUUACCGUCACAACAGAUGUGUGCAAAUAAUUUUUUGCGGCAUCAUGAUACCAAUGAUGAUGAUUUAUUUAUGGAGGAAAAACCAACCAUCCUGAAAGGUUUCGGUGCCUUCGCGAAAUGUGAUAUUAAUAAAGGUACUGAUUUGACCGAAUACGUUGGACAUGUGAUGACGAAGGAAGAAUAUUUCGAAAAACUGCGGUUUCGUUGUUUAUUUAAUAAUUUGGAGGCAUCAUAUUUUGGAAUGCAAUUGACAAAUGAUUUUUACGUGGAUGCACGAAAUUAUGGCAAUAUUGCUCGGUCGUUCAAUCAUUCAUGUGAACCGAACACUAAAGUGGAUGCUGUGGUGGUUGAUGGAAUUUACAGACUCAAAAUUUCGACAAUUAGAGAUAUCAAAAAAGGUGAGGAGUUAACCUUUGAUUAUGACACGGAAAUUAUUGAAGGUCUUGUGGGCAUGGAAUGCUUAUGUGGUUCUACAAACUGUCGACGCAUAAUUGGAAAAAAGGCAAAUACAACACGGAAAACUACAAGUGUAAAAGGUCUGUCUCUGUUAAAUGAACAUACCAAUAAUAACGGAGAAGGGAUUGCUCAAUCAAAAACAACCGGAUCCAAUUUCAGUGAGAUGUGUGAAAAUAUCGGUCAUUCCGCGCAAGAGCAUGUACAAAAUAAGCGAAGGAAAUAUGCUGACGAAAACAAAGAUGCAAAGAAAGAUCAAGCUUGUAUUUGUGAACAGAUCGGUCAAAAUGACGAAAAUAUGGGAGGAAGUGAAACUGAAAAUCAUUUGUCCUCAGGAAAAGAUCUAGCAAAUAAAGUUGCCAAUGCUUCCGUGAAAGAUGCUCAUUAUCAGUCAAGGGAAAAGCAGUUGAUUGACUCAGAGAAUGAAUUUCUUAGAAGUUCUACUGCUGAACAGCUGGAAAGAGGGGGAGAUGGGUAUAGACAGAAACUAUUUUCUUAA